UGCCAAUUGAGCUAGAUGUUCCCCGAGACCAUGGUUCCCCAUCCCUCAGCCCAGCAAUUUGGUCCCUCAGGGAGUUUGGAUGGGCCUGUGGAGGUUUAUCAUUUUUAUUAAAGCUGUAAAACACUUAAAUAUACGUAAAGGGAGAACUUUUUUUUUUUUCCACUCUCCAGAUGGUUCUAAAAGUAUGAUUAAUAGAUAUUUAAACCUUUUGCUUAAUUCUUACGUAUUGAACAACCAUAAACUUGGAAAGAUGGAUAAAUGAAGAUAUUUUUCCUGAUGGAACUGCUGAUUACCUUAUUUUGAAGAAUUCCACUUUUAGGCAUCAAGCCUAAAUUGUCAUAAUUAUGAUGCACUGGUAGUUCUCGACUUACGACAGUGUUCCAUUCCAACAGCUCCAUCGUAAGUUGAUUCUGACAUAAACAGAAUACCUCAUUUUUUUUAGUUUUCAUUAUUAUUGCUUUUAUUAUCAAUAUCUUUAUAAAUCUGGCAGUGUUUUGAAAAGUAAAUAGUAAAAUCAAACAUCUGAGAGUGAUAACAUCAGCAAAUUAUGUGCUGGAACAUAUUACUGAUGAUAAGAUGUACCAAAAAAAAAAAAGACGGUCGUAAGCGCGGCUUGUAACUCAAAUAUGCCGUAAGUUGGGGACUGUGUGUAUAUAUUUUCUGAUCGUUAGGUCAGUGGCUCGUGAAGGUCAGAAAACAGCGUUUUCCUAAAUGCCAUUGUGGUCAUGUUUGUGUUGUUGAAAAGGGAAGAAUCCUUUAUUCUAGUGCAGAAAGAUGACAAAAUUGCCAACUUAAGGAAGUAAAAUCACACGACAAAAUCGCCAGUUUAAGGAAGUCAGACCAGAUAUGGCAAAGAUGAUAGACUGACUUUAGGAUUCAUGAUGAACUACCUGUGUAUUUUAUAAAAGCAUUUAAUCUUUUAACCUUUCAGAAAAGCUUAUUUUAUCCAUAGCCUCAUAAUGUUUACGUAAUGAUAGGAGAGUUUUCAGGUUUGUAAUUUUUGUGUGUGCCUGAAAUAGUGCCUAGCAUAUUAUAUGCAGGUAAAUAUUUAAUGAAAUGAAUGAGUAAAACUGUUGUCUGAAUGAGCCAGCCUCUUCAAGUUUGGAUUGCAUUUACUCUUGGGGAGGGGGGAGAAUGCUUCUUGUAUUAAUCUUGAUUUUGAAGUGACUGAAUUGCUUUUGCCUCAGACUACUUAAUACUUUUUAAAAUUUGCUUCUUUGUUAGUAUUUUCAUUUAACUCUUGCUCCCUCCAGUGUGUCCACUCAUUUUUUUGCUCCUGCGCCCUGGUGGCACAGUGGUUAAGUACUUGGCUGCUAACUGAAAGGUCAGUGUGUUCAUUCAAACCCACCAUCUAGUCGCUCCUAGGGAGACAGAUGUGGGGGUCCUCUUCUAUAAAGAUUUACAGCCUUGGAAGCCCUAUAGGGGGCAGUUGUACUCUGUCCUACAGGGUCGCUGUGAGUUGGAAUUGACUCCUGACCAUAGUGGGUUUGGUUUGGUUUUUCUGGGAGGUCUUUAUAAGCCACUGAUAGGCAUUUCUAUACAAACUACUGCUGAUCUGACUUUUGAGAAAGCAAAAGUGAAGGUUUUUUGGUUUCUCUUGCUCUAACUUGUUUGAGUAUAUUUGAUUUUUUUUUUUUAUUUCUGAUUCUUUAUCAUUAAAAUAGUAACUGUUUGCCACAUUUGAGAUGCAUUGCGAGUCAUUUAAGGGUUUCAGGUGUUGAAGAGUCCUAUGACCUCUUUGGAUGAAACAGGGACUAUGUAUAUUUUGCUUGAUGUUUUUUGUUUGUUGAUUAUUUUGUUCAAUAAGACUGAAACAUAACUUAGGUUUUAAUGUUUUCUGCUUUGAACCCGUAGGUCUUUGAAAGUACAUGUAAGACAUGUUGGGACUCCAGAUUUUUGGUAUGUAGGAAAACAUAGUUUACUGGUAAACAUGAUAUAGAAGAGAAAUUUGGUAAAUAUUAUAAAUUAGUGAACAUAGUGAACGAAGCACUGGGCUCUUUUUUUUUUUUUCCAUGCAGAAAUGGACUUAAUGAUUUUGACUGUAAGAAAAAGUAAAGUUUACUUGGCAUUUUGGUGGCACCAAACCUCCACUAACCAGCACCUUUUAUAUUUUGCUGUUUAAUAAGUGGUGGUUAUGAUGAAGACCGACUAUGAGGCAAGACUUGAGUUUGAUGUUGUGUGUUUUUUUUUUUUGUCUUCUUAUUCUUUGAGAACUGCCUCUCCAGUCGACAGCACAGGCACGGAGUAGGCAGCUGGUGAUGACGAACGGGCUGCCGAGAUGGUCCCCAGAAGACUAGGAGGGGUGUGAUUGAACACCUACAUCUUCAUGAUGCAAGCUCAAGGCAUUCUGAUCCGGGACAACAUGAGAACAAUAGGCGCUCAGGUUUAUGAGCAGGUGGUUCGGAGCGCUUAUGCCAAGAGGAAUAGCAGCGUAAACGACUCAGAUUAUCCUCUUGACUUGAAUCACAGUGAAACCUUCCUACAAACUACAACUUUUCUUCCUGAAGACUUCACCUACUUUGCAAACCGUACCUGCCCUGAAAGGCUCCCUUCCAUGAAGGGCCCAAUAGACAUAAAUAUGAGUGAAAUCGCAAUGGAUGACAUUCAUGAAAUCUUCUCCAAAGACCCAGCCAUCAAGCUCGGAGGUCAUUGGAGGCCCUCUGACUGCGUGCCUCGAUGGAAGGUGGCGAUCCUUAUCCCCUUCCGGAACCGCCACGAGCACCUCCCAGUCCUGCUUAGACACCUGAUUCCCAUGCUUCAGCGCCAGCGCCUGCGGUUUGCAUUUUAUGUGGUUGAGCAAGUUGGUACCCAACCCUUUAAUCGAGCCAUGCUUUUCAAUGUUGGUUUUCAAGAAGCAAUGAAGGACUUGGAUUGGGACUGUCUGAUUUUUCAUGAUGUAGAUCAUAUACCAGAAAGUGAUCGCAACUAUUAUGGAUGUGGACAGAUGCCAAGGCACUUUGCAGCCAAAUUGGAUAAGUAUAUGUAUCUGCUUCCUUAUACUGAGUUCUUUGGCGGAGUGAGCGGCUUAACAGUUGAACAGUUUCGGAAAAUCAACGGCUUUCCUAACGCUUUCUGGGGUUGGGGUGGAGAAGAUGACGACCUCUGGAACAGAGUACAGAAUGCAGGCUAUUCUGUGAGCCGGCCGGAGGGCGACACGGGGAAGUACAAGUCCAUUCCUCAUCACCAUCGAGGAGAAGUCCAAUUUCUUGGGAGGUAUGCUCUGCUGAGGAAGUCAAAGGAACGGCAAGGGCUGGAUGGUCUCAACAACUUGAACUACUUUGCAAACAUCACAUACGACGCCUUGUAUAAAAACAUAACUGUCAACUUGACACCUGAGCUGGCUCUGGUGACCGAGUACUAAGUCGAGGAGAGAAUACACAUUUGCUUUACCCGCUGCCACCAAGAAAGCAACCUGGUGAGAUGUUGUGGGGGUCUGCACAGGAAGGGGACAGAAAUACAGUGUCAGUGAAGGACCACAGGGUCCAAGGAGGGAGCAUGCACAAGACGCCUUCACUGUCCUGACCUGCUGGGAUCGAGGCUCAUGAGCUUGCAAACACACCUCAUCAGGACUGCUUUCGAUUUUCACCAGGCGGACGUCUGUCCGCUGCUCUUCUCCCUCCUGUCUCCUGCCCCCGCGUCCCAUCUUAGCCACAGCCUCCAGUACCGGAACUGUGAUCUGCCAUGGUCCUGCAGUGGAAGCUGCUCCUGCGAGUCACCGUGGGAACUUCUUGGCCUUCAGAGCAAAAAGGCGAACCCAACACAGGGCAGCUGUGUCGUCAGAAGAGCAAAUGAAACUCCAUACACCGUUCUCCUGCAUCUCUGGUGUUCUCUUUGGUUUCAUUUAAAAAAAAAAAAAAAAGAGUUACCUGCUUUGGGUGGGGAUUGAGGGAGGAAGGAAGGGAUUGGGGAAGAUAAAUAGACAUAUAUGUAACAAUCACUUCUUGAAGAAGUAUAAUUGUAAAUAAGCCAUGUAAAAUGCCUUUUUAAAUUUAAUUAUAUAGCCGGCUCCAAUUCAAAUUGAGGAUUUGUACAUUAGAUCCCUUAUUUGGUUGGCAAAUGCAGGAACUCAGUUAAAAUGCAGUUGAGGAAUAGCCAUUUCCCAAGUUGCAGUCACUUCAGAAGGGAGUGGAUAUAGGGCAUGUCGAAAGAACAAAGUCGUCCAGUUUCUAUCACUGGUAGCUGGUUGCUUCUGUCCCUUCUCAUCCCCCUAUCCUUCCAGAAAGUCUUGAUCUUGACUUUUUGCUCUGUAUCUUUCUUCCCUGGUGGGAACGUACACUCCCAUCCCAAAAUCUUCUGCUAAGCAGGAGGCUGUUCUGUAGCGCGUGGCUCGCCUGCUCAGAGCAGGCCCGCAGGAGGCCUGUGUACUCUUCCCACGUUCCCUGGACUUUAGUUUUUGUCCUUUUCACAUCAUCAGAAAGAGAGAGCUGUGGGUUUUUCUUUCUUUACCCUAUUGUGGAACUUGGAGCCCUGGUGGCACAGUGGUUAAAAGCUCAGCUGCUAUCCAUAUCCAUACAGUCGGCAGUUUGAAUCCACCAGCCGCUCCUUGGAAACCUUAUGGGGGCACUUCUGCUCUGACCUAUAAGGUUGCUAUGAGUCAGAAUCGCCUUGACGGCAACAGGUUUGUCGAACUUGGCUGUAAUUUCUAAAUCUGUGCCUGAAUUACCAACUGGCUUCAGUGAUUCCUGUGAAUAUUUCCCUUUGUGGUAUCCGCCAAGAUUCUCUGAUAACAUUAUUAACUAGUAUGUAGAACUAAUGAACAAUAGACUAUGAAGAAUUCAGGCAGGGAGCAGGUGAGGCUUGUGCUGCGGGGGACCAGGAUCCAGGUGCGACCAAAUCAGGCUUUGACUUAGGAAGCUCCAGAACCCGAGAGCCCACAGGCCCUUUUCACACCCCCGCUUGCUUUUUGAAGUCAGAGUCUAAGUUGCAUUUGAGUUUGUGCCUCUUUGGUUUUCCCUGCGCUAAAUGCCCCACUUCAUAGUCCCUGUCGGAUUCUGCAGAGUUCUGAAUAAUGCCAGUUUUUUUUUUUUUCCCUUUUCCAUAAGACAUAUUUAUAUAUUGUGAUUAGGAGUACUUUCUGAUGAGUACUUCAUAGUUUUUUUAAUUGCCUUGUUUGCCUUCAAUUUCCUUAAUUUUCAUGGUUUACAUGGGUGUGUGUGUAGGGGGUGUAUUUGUGUGUAUAUGUGUGGGUUGGGGUUUUUUCCGUUGCAUGUGUUGGUUCCAUGGACAUAUGAUCCCCACAAACUGUGGGAGUGAUUGGCCAGGCCUUGUUUUUUUUUUGGGUUUUUUGUUUGUUUGUUUGUUUUAGGGGAAGGAUAGAGUGAUAUUUCGGAAAUAAACUGCUUUGCAAAGCUCUUAUCAGCCCAUAUGAGAGAGCAGAGAUUGCCCUUGAGAACGCUGGUAAGUUGUAUCAUAUGUUUUAAAAGACUUUUGAGCAUUCGUGCUUUAAAAUACCUUCAUGAGGGAGCAUUACCCACAGAAGUUCGUUCGGUUUUCCUUUGUUCUCUGGUGCAUAUAGUAGCAAUAAAGAUUUCCCCCCUCUCCCGCCCCAGACCUUUGUUCUGGCCUUGGCUCUCCUCACCAUUCUCGUUCUCUGUCUUCACUGAGGGGUGUGAGUAGCUUUUGAUGUGACAGAACGCUGAUGUAAUCUGGAGGCCUUGGCCAGGUCAGCCCCCUUACAUUCUUGGUUAAGGAUGGUGUGUGUGUCUGCGGUGUUAUGGUAAGAGGACCUUGUGUGACGCUCCACGAACAUCUUUACCACCAAGUACAGACUGCUGGCAGGAGGCUAGUGCCUCUUUUAAAAAGGAAAUGCUGGUUUGAGGACAGAAGGAGAGGUCUCUUUUUACUGCUUAAAAGUAGGGUCACUGAGAUUCUCGUGCAAUCGUCUAUGAGUUCGUUUCAUUAACGUGGAACCUCUCAGUACAUAUUGUUAUUCAUUUAUACAGAGAGUUGACUGUUGUCUUGAAAAUAUCAGGAAAACCUACAGCCAGGUAGCUGCGCUGUUCAUAGUGUGGAAUUCUGCUGUUAAAAAAAAGAACAAUAAGAACCAAAUGUGACCUUGUGCAUAUUUUGGCAGCUGAAAUUCUUCAAGGCUACUGAUGGGUGACCCCUUAAAUCAGUCUUGUCUUUGAUUGCCUCGUGCAGGGAAGGGUUAAUGAGAAACUGCAAGCUUUUCUUCCCCCUUUCUCACUGUUUUUUUUUUUUUUUUGCUGGGGGGAGGCAUUAUUUGCAAAAUAUUCCUUUUGAGAUUACUGGGACUCUUGGAGCUUCUCCACCACAGACUGAGCAGCAGCCAUGCAUAUUGAUUGUAUACACUCAUCCUUGACGAUGGCAUUGAACGUAGCUAGCAGAUUUCCAUCACUACUUUUUUUUUGAGCUUGCUCUUAUGUUUUAAGAGGUGCCAGGGGUACAUUUUUGCACUGAAAUCUAAAGAAGUUUUAAAAAACACUUUUCACAAAAAUCGUCUGUUGUCAUUACAUUAUUUACUCAUGUGUUUGUACAUUUUUGUAUGUUAAUUUAUGAAUGAUUUUUUCAGUAAAAAAUACAUAUUCAAGA